AUGGCAUUAGUCGAAAGUGACAUUAAACAUGAUAAUUCUACAAGACCCGAAUCACCAACUUGCGCAGCUUCUGGUCAGCUGACAACACAAGAUUUGGAUAGGCAUAUCGAAAAACUGAUGAGAUGCGAAUUGAUCACUGAACAAGAAGUGAAAUCAUUGUGUGCAAAAGCAAGAGAGAUUCUUGCCGAAGAGGGAAAUGUUCAAGUAAUUGAUUCUCCUGUCACGAUAUGCGGUGAUAUUCACGGACAAUUUUAUGAUCUUAUGGAAUUGUUCAAAGUGGGCGGUGCUGUACCGAAUACAAAUUAUCUAUUCCUCGGUGAUUUUGUUGAUCGUGGCUUUUAUUCCGUUGAAACAUUCCUCCUUCUUUUGGCAUUAAAAGCCAGAUAUCCGGAUCGAAUGAUGCUUAUAAGAGGAAAUCAUGAGAGUAGGCAAAUUACACAAGUCUACGGUUUUUAUGAUGAAUGUUUGCGGAAAUAUGGAAAUGCAUCAGUUUGGAAACAUUGCACAGAAGUGUUCGAUUAUUUAGCGCUGGCCGCUGUUAUUGAUGGAAAAGUGAGAUUUGAAAAAAGUUCAUUUUAAUUAUGCAUUUUAUAGGUUUUUUGUGUUCACGGUGGUUUGUCGCCUUCAAUUUCAACAAUGGAUCAAAUUCGAGUAAUUGAUCGAAAACAAGAAGUUCCACACGAUGGUCCAAUGUGUGAUUUAUUAUGGUCCGAUCCAGAAGAGGGAAAUGUUGGAUGGGGUUUGAGUCCAAGAGGUGCUGGAUAUUUAUUUGGUGCUGACGCUUCGAAGGUUAGCUUGAAUUCUAGAUUCUGUAAUAAUAAAGUAAUUUUUCAGACUUUCUGUGAGACGAACGGCGUUGAUUUAAUCUGCAGAGCUCAUCAACUUGUGAUGGAAGGAUAUAAAUGGCAUUUCAAUGAGAAAGUUUUGACGGUCUGGUCAGCACCAAACUAUUGUUAUAGAUGUGGAAAUGUGGCGGCAAUCUUGGAACUCGACGAGAAUCUCAACAAAGAAUUCACAAUCUUCGACGCAGCGCCACAGGAAAAUCGCGGAGCACCCGCUAAAAAACCGCACGCCGACUAUUUCUUGUGA